UAAAUCCUCCAUGGCUGCAGAGCUCGGCCUUGUCUCUUUGACCCAGCUCCAGCAACAACUGCUCCUCUCGGCUGCUCAUUCUCAACCAGAUACCAGCUCAACUGGCGACCGUAGCUCUUCGUGGAUGUGGAACCCUAACCCUAGCCCAAAGCAUCAGCAACCCGGGGGCCUGUUAGAAGAGAAAGAUGACUCAUGGGAGGUUAGGGCCUUUGCAGAGGAUACCGGCAGCAUUAUGGGCACCACCUGGCCCCCCAGGUCCUACACCUGCACAUUUUGCCGGAGAGAGUUCCGGUCUGCCCAAGCCCUGGGGGGUCACAUGAACGUCCAUCGCAGGGACCGUGCCAGAUUGCACCAGACACAGUAUUCUCCCACAGGCCGCCCUUGCAGCUUCCCUACAACCUCGAAUUCCACCACGCCGCCUCCCCCUCUGAUAAUCUCGAACCAAGAUUUCGCCGCCCAACGAGGACUGUGCCUUCUCUACCAGCUACCUAACCCUAACGGCUUCAUCAGCACAAGAACAAUCAACAAUAAUACGUGUCUUGAUUCUUCCUCACCCUCUACUCUUCUCUCCAUCUCGGCUUAUCGACCGAAUACAAACAGCUCAAGUAAUUCUCCUCGCAGCGAAGCAGAAACUUCUUCUGAUGAAGGUACCAAGAUGAAGAAGAGUAAUAAUAUCAGCAAGGAGUCUUCAGUAGAAAUUGAUUUGGAGCUCCGACUUGGGCAAAGACCGUCUUGAUCGAAGAACAAACAAGCACUCACAUGAUCAAACUUAAGCGUGUAAUUUUUUUUUUUCCCCUUCUUAAGAAUGCUGCUUGAAAAAGAAGAGAGCACAAGCUCAAGCUGUGUACCAUAAUAUCUGUUUGUCAUACAUAAAUACAAACUGUCUUCCCCCUUUA